AUGCUGCCAUCAGAUGUUCAGAACAUUCACCAGAAUGAACACAUCGCUUCCAUAUCCUUUCUUUUGAAGAUAUUUCGCAAAACUGGAAUCUUAAAAAAACAUUUUAAAACACAAACUUUCUUUUUUUCCCUUUUUACAACAUUUUUCUUUCUUUUCAUUUUUCACUUUUUCUUUUCUUUCUUUCUCAUUUUUAUUGCUUUUUCUAACAUCUUUAUUCGUUUCUGUCUUUUGUCUUUUGUCGUUGCUCACUUUCUUAUCUUUUCCAUCUCAUUUUUUGCAUUUCGUCCUUUUUCUCAUCUUUCUUUCAGUUUCCUAUUUCUUUGGCGAUGUACCAGACCAAGCUACUUUUAUUUCCAUGAUGUUUAUGUAUCUCAAUCUUUCUUUUUUAUCUGUCAUUCAUUAAAUUGUUCAUACUUAUUUUUCUAUUCUUAUUCCUUUCUUUUUAAAGCUUUUCUUUCGUUUCUUUCUUGUUCUCCUCUCAUUUACUCUCUUAUCUUACUUUCUCUUCAACCUCCUCCUCCUUUUAUGUUUCAUUGUCAGAUUUCUCCUCCUCAAUUUCUUCUCCAACUUCACUUUUUCAUUCUCAGAAGAACCUCCCCCGGCAAUUCUCUCCCACGACUUAAUUUAAUUCUUUGCCUAAACAUUUUAUUCUUUUUUCACCUCUUUCGCCAGAAACAGGUGUUUCAUUUUGAACUUUUUUUCUUUCUUUCUUUGGUUGUUUUCCUUGAUUAUUUUGUCGAAGUAUUUUUCAGUUCAUUUUACACUUUUUCUUUCUUUCUUUCUUUCUUUCUUUCUUUUCUUUCUUUCUUUCUUUCUUUCUUUCUUUCUUUCCCUUACUAUUUUGUUGAAGUCUUUCUCUAUUUUGCGCUUAAUUUCACCGAUAUUCUUUAUUCACUUCGACAACGAAUCAUCAUUAAGAAAUUUUUCUUCUUCUUCUUCUUCUUCUUCUAUAACUCUUAUUCCUUGUUAUUCAAUAUCUUCCACAUCUCUUCCUCCUUCUUCAAUCUUUUCAUCUUCAACUUUUUAUUCUUAUUUUACAUUAUUUAUUUUAAUACUUUUCUUCUAUUUCUUCAUUCUACUUUUCAGUUUAAAAAAAUCUCUUCUUUAUUUUGUUUCACUUCUUUUUCUCAUUUUCUUCUUCCUUUCUAUUUAUUGCUCUUCUUUUUCGUUCAUCUACUUAUUGUUUUCUUUCUUUCUUUCUUUCUUUCUUUCUUUCUUUCUUUCUUUCUUUCUUUCUUUCUUUAA